AUGCCAAAAGAAACGAAAACGGCGGAUGACGAAGGGUGUUGUCGUUCGUCCAAUACUCACCAAGGAGUUCUCGCCAAGGGUCAGGUGGAUCUUAUUGACAUGCGAAGCAUGCAGAGUGGAUCCAAUAAGAAAUGGAUGAUGGUGUACCAGGACCACUUGACGAAGUUUUGCAUCCUUCGAGCCUUGACGUCUAAAAGAGCUGCAGGGGUCGCUUUUCAUUUACUGGACAUUUUUCUGCUCAAUGGUGCACGCGUUAUUCUAAAAAGCAACAACAGAUCCGAGUUCACUUCACAGGUCAUCACAGAGCUGAAGAAAGUUUGGCCAAACCUAAAAAUGGUGGAUGGUAAGCCUCGCCAUCCCCAAAGUCAGGGCUCGGUUGAGCGAGCAAAUGGUGAUAUUAAAGAUAUGCUCGUGGCUUGGAAGGCUGAUAAUGACUCACAGGACUGGCUUACGGGCAUCAAAUUUGUUCACUUCCAGAAAAAUAGUUCUCUUCAUUCCGGGACAAAGUGCUCUCCAUAUUCCGCAAUGUUUGGCUGUGAAGCUCGUGUUGGACUUACUACUUCGUCUUUGCCGGAGGAAGUGAUUGCUCGGAUAGAGACUGAAGAAGAUUUUCUUGCCGUCAAUGAAAAUCCUCUCUCUCUCUCCCUAACUGAUGGAGCGGCAAACCAGAUCCAAACUGCAAGCGACGAAACACCAACAGUUAGUGUGACAGACGGUGUUCUACUUCCAGUCCAACUUGAAAGCACAUCAGCACAAGACAUCGAUCUAUCCACAGGACCUUCAUUGCCCACAGCAACACCAUCAGUCUACGAUGUUGACUGUCCUGGUUCUUAUGGACAAUCGGAAGACCAUGUGACGUCUCUCUUACCCUCUCCAUCUGACAGUCCUGGUCCCCUGCUAAAAACCUUAGGGUAG